UUUAUAUUUUGCUUAUCGAUUCACAGGGUAAGCUUGAAAAAAAUAUCGGUACUUUUGUGCGAUAAGCACCAAUGUUAGGGCUCAAUAAUGUUUAUCGAUAAAGACUGUGACAACCAACCGUGUGGAGAAAACGUGAUAAAAACACUCUGAAAUCAUGACUGGACGUGAGGGUGGUAAAAAAAAACCAUUGAAGGCGCCUAAGAAAGACGCCAAGGACAUGGACGAUGAGGAAAUCGCAUUCAAGCAAAAGCAGAAGGAGCAGCAGAAGGCCCUAGACGCAGCCAAGGCUAACGCCUCUAAGAAGGGACCCCUCGUCGGCGGCGGCAUCAAGAAGUCCGGAAAGAAGUGAUUGCACUGCCUACCAGCUGCUAGAAACGAAAUUCACACACAAACCAAUAAGAAGAGGCAGAAUCAGAACAACAGAAACACGAACAUUUGCAGCCUCCAGUUUUCGCGUCAGAACCAUGGACCAAGAUUUAUUGUAGUGUGUGAAAACUAGAAGCAUCUGUACCCUUUUUUUAUACUUACCAAUAUGUACGAUUAAAUAAUGCUAUAUUUAUAUAAACUUG